GAUCCGAGCACACCAUCUUUCAUUGAGAAUGAAAUUGGUGACAACUAUUUCAAUGUCACUUUUACGCCAUCAAAGUUCGACGACGAGGAACGACGCCCAGUUGGAAACACGUUCCUCGUAGAGUAUCGAGAAGCUGACACAGAUGAAUGGAAGCGAGUUCCACAAAAAGGAGACGAUUUGACCGUUCAAGUCGGUGAUCUCAAUCCUGGAACAAGGUAUGAGGUUCGUGUUGCUGCUCUCCAGAAGGAUCCAAGUGGUGCAGAAAGGGAAUCGUAUUCCCCAUCAAGUUAUAUAACGACUACUGGACGGUCUCCGAAAACGGCUCGUUUAUGGUGGGUGCUGUUGAUCCUGCUUAUUCUGUUGUUGUUGCUGUGCAUUCUGUGUAUGAUCUGUGUCGCGCUGCGACAUCGCGGACAGAACUACCCGGUAUCUCAAAAGGAACGCGAACAAGGCCGCGAACCGAUUCUCGCAAAGCAACAUUUCGGCGAGUACAAAAAUGAUGAUGAUGAGAAGCGAUCAUUGACUGGUAGCAAGGCGGAGUCUGAGACUGACAGCAUGGCUGAAUACGGCGACACCGAUCCCGGCCGAUUCACAGAGGAUGGCAGCUUUAUCGGUCAAUACGUUCCGGCUAAGACGCUGAUGCCACCGGAGAGAACGGAGAAGGGCAGCACGUCGACUUUUGUCUGA